UGUGUGUAUCUCAGAGAGUGUGUGUGUGUCUGUGUACCUCAUAAAGAGUCCUGCCAGCAUUCAAUUAAUCGAAUCAAGAGAACGGAGACACUAUCAGCAGGACUAAAUAAGCAGAAUGGCAGCAUGGGACUUAAACAUCACAGUGGAGGAUCUUGGUCCUGAUGCUCCGCCACUGCAAAUCAGUGUGACCUCUGACCUGCACAUUGGUGGAGUGAUUCUCAAAAUAGUGGAGAAGACCAUGCUGAAGAAAGACUGGUCAGAUCAUGCGCUGUGGUGGGAGCAGAAGCAGCAGUGGUUGUUGAGGACCGGCUGGACGCUGGAUAAAUGUGGGGUUCAUGCAGACGCCCGUCUUGUCUUCACCCCGCAGCACAAACCUCUAAGACUCGGCUUGCCGAAUGGAGCAACUCUGAAAAUGAGAGCCUGUUUCUCCAGUCCUGUGUUUCGCUGUGUCAUGGGCAUCUGCAGGGUUCUCAAUAUCCGUCACCCAGAGGAGCUCUCAUUGCUCUGUCCUGUUGAGGAGAAAAAGAAAAAGAAAGAUAAAGAUUCCUCAGAAGAGCUGUACGACCUUACUGAUGUUCCUCUAACUGCAGGCUCUGUUCAGGCUCUGUACAAUGGCAUGCCGGCUCAUUUUGCUGACUCUCCGAAGACUGAGGCUGUGUAUAAAAUGCUGUCCUUCAGUCUGCCAUCUCCUGCUCCUGAAACCAUCGCUAAACUCUAUCGGCCAGCCAGUGUGGUGGACAAAACUCACAUUCACACCAGGUGGCUGGAUUCAUCCCGAUCGCUAAUGCAGCAGGGAAUACAAGAAAAUGACAAACUAUGGCUUCGUUUCAAAUACUACACCUUUCAUGACAUGGAUCCUAAGUAUGAUGCAGUGCGUUUGACACAGUUGUAUGAGCAAGCUCGCUGGGCUCUUCUUUUAGAGGAUAUAGACUGCACAGAAGAGGAAAUGAUGCUGUUUGGAGCCCUGCAGUACCACAUAGGAAAGCUGUCCGCGUCUCAGGAAAUAGUGUCUUCUUGUCAAGGGAUGGAUGACUUGGAGUCUGCUCUGAAAUCCCUGGAGGUCAAGAUGGUGGGAGAGGGAGACAGCACGACAGACAUGCUGGACAACAUGACUCCUCCAGAGCUCAAUGACUAUCUGAAAAUAUUUCGGCCUAAAAGACUAACUCUGAAGGGUUACAAGCAGUACUGGUGCAAAUUUCAGGACACAUCGAUCUCCUAUUAUAAAAGCAUAGAGGACCGCUAUGGGGAGCCCAUACAACAACUGAACCUCAAAGGUUGUGAAGUCGCCCCUGAUGUCAACAUCGCAGGCCAGAAAUUCUGCAUCAAACUCCUCAUACCUGCACCAGAAGGCAUGAACGAAAUUUACCUGCGCUGUGAAAACGAGAAGCAGUAUUCUGAGUGGAUGGCUGGCUGUAAGCUGGCGUCCAAAGGUCUGACAUUAUUGGACAGCUCGUAUCAGAAUGAAGUAAAAAACAUCCAGACGUUUCUGUCCAUGCAGCGCAGCAACUCCUCGACUGCUGCUGCGCAAACCGACGACAGCAUCAACACACACAGCCUCGUCUCGCCGCGAUACCAGAAGAAAUACAAGCCCAAACAGCUCACCCCUCGUAUCCUGGAGGCCUUUCAGAACGUUGCACAGCUUUCAUUGACGUCUGCAAUCUUGAAGUUCCUGCAGAUCUGGCAAGCUCUUCCUGACUUUGGCAUUUCCUACUUCAUGGUCAGGUUUAAGGGCAGUCGUAAGGAUGAAGUUCUGGGCAUCGCCAACAACCGUCUGAUCCGUAUAGACCUGGGAGUUGGAGAUGUGGUGAAAACCUGGCGUUAUAAUAACAUGAGACAGUGGAAUGUUAACUGGGACAUUCGACAGGUGGCGAUUGAAUUCGAUGGCAACAUCAACAUAGCUUUCGGCUGUGUGAACGCAGACUGUAAGGUUGUGCAUGAGUACAUUGGAGGAUACAUAUUCAUGUCCACGCGCUCACGGCAGCAGAGUGACACACUGAAUGAAGAGCUCUUCCACAAACUCACUGGAGGCCACGACGCUCUCUGAGCACACACGACUAAAGGAGGAAACGGAUGAGAAUUCAGCAUUAGCACUGCACAGCAACUGUCCUUUCUUGUACAUGUGUUCAACAAGUUGUCAUUUAGCAUUUAACAUACAUGCAUGUAAAAUAAGAAUACUAACUGUGAAAUAUAUAUGGUUUUCCAUAUGCACAUCUAAUACAUCUGUAUAAAUCAUCACAAGCGCAC